AUGGUAAAUGCACCAGAAGAGCAAAUCCAUUCAGAAAUGGUAUCAUCUGAGGAUUGGAUACUGCAGGAGGUCCUGGUCGAGUCCAUGCCUUCGGACUUGGAUGGAUAUAGCGACCUCAAAUGCGAGAUAUGUCACAAUCACCAGCAUCCGGUUCAGGGCACUUUACUCUGGCGGUGCUCAAGGUGUAACGGGAUGCAUCAUGAUGAGUGCAUCGUCGCCCAGCCAGAACUCGACGAUAACGGCGUUCCCACCAGAUUCGGUUGUACAAAAUGUAGAGCCCCUUGGUUUCUGCGCAGCGAGCUCUGUUGCGCUGGGGAUGAAGACGGCGAAGACCACGGGUCCGAGGGGGACGAGGGAGACGACGGUCUUAAUCGGCAGGAGCAGCAUGAGCCACCUGUCACCUCAGAGGUGCAGCAAGGCCGACUUUGUCUUAAGGUUCCUAUGCGCUAUCGACUGGAUCUAUCUGACAAACACUUCAUCUGCGAACUGUUUGGUCCAGGAGAUGCUCCAUUGAAAGAGGUAUCCGCUAUCAUCUCAAAGCUAGGCAUAGCACAGACCCUGCCAAAUGUGGGUUCUGUCCCAGGUGGCUAUAUGUACUACGGCUAA